UUGUUAGUAUGUUAGGCAACUUUACAUGCAUCAAAUAGACAUAACCCCAAUAAAAACACAUUUUCUUACUAUUACAAGACUUCACCAGAACACAAGUUAUACAAAAAGUGAAAAUGGGCCGUAAACGUAAAGGAAAAUCAGUCCGAAACAAUCUCAACGUGUUAAAAGAACCAGAUGACUUUGUAAACGCUCCACAUUCGUUUGUGAUCCACAAAGGACUCACUGGAGGCUUUGUAGAAGAACUUACAAAAGAUUUUCGCAAAGUUAUGGAGCCUUUCACAGCCUCUGCACUCAAAGAAAGAAAAAACAACACAAUCAAAGAUUUUGUACAUGUUGCAGGCGCAUUACACGUGACACACUUGAGUAUAUUCUCAAGAACAGAAAAUGGAAUGUAUAUGAAACUUGGGAAAAUCCCCAGAGGUCCAACUUUAACAUUUAAAGUCCAUGCAUUUUCCCUAGCCAAAGAUGUAAUUUCCAGCCUUAAAAGACAACUGGUUGUUGAUGAAGCCUUCAAACAUUCACCUCUGAUAGUCCUGAAUAAUUUCUCAGGUGAAGGAAUGCAGUUUAAGUUGAUGGCAUCCAUGUUUCAAAACAUGUUUCCCACACUUAAUCUACAGAAAGUAGAUUUGAAUACAGUCAGAAGAGUGGUGAUGUUAAACUAUGUCACUGAUACAAAAAUGAUUGACUUUCGGCAUUAUACCAUCAAAGUAAUGCCUGUGGGGAUUUCCAAAGGUGUUAAAAAAGUUGUGGGAGGAAAAGUACCUAAUCUUUCCAAGUGUACAGAUAUUUCAGAGUUUUUGACAAAAAGUGGAUUACUCUCAGAAAGUGAAGCUGAAGAUGACCCGAAUGCGCAUGUAACUCUCUCGCAGAAAAUGGCGACGCGUGGAAACAUAGAACAAGGAAAAUCCGCGAUCAGAUUAUCCGAACUCGGCCCACGUCUGACUCUACAGUUAAUCAAGAUAGAAGAUGGUUUAAUGGAUGGUGAAGUACUCUUCCAUGAUCUUAUUGAGAAGACUGAAGAAGAAAAGGAGGCUAUUCGUAAAUCGCGUGAAGCAAAGAAGAAAUUGAAAGAAAAGCGUAAAAAGAUUCAGGAUGAUAAUACAAAACGUAAAGAACACGCGAAAGAAGUUCUCAAAGAGAAAUCCCUACAGGGUAUGAAGAAUAAAACAGGUGAUGAUGAAGAUAAUGAUGAAGAAACAAAUAAAAAUAAAAAUUCAGAAGUUAAACGACCGAAGAAACGUAGACACGAGGGUGAAGACGAUUGGCAAGUGGAAGAUGACGAUGACGAUGCGCAAUAUUACCGAGAAGAAGUCGGAGAAGAACCAGACAGAGAUUUGUUCAGUUCGAAAACCACUGGGUUUCAACGACCCAAGACUUUCCACGCGUUUAAAAAGAAACCACGUAUGGAUGGUAACAGCCAAGGUGGCCACGGUAAAUUUAACAAGGGUGGUAAUAAAUUUAAUAAAGAUGGCGAUAGAUUUAAUAAAAAUAAGAAUAGACAAGGUGGUGGCGGUGGUGGUGGUAAAUUUGGUAAUAAAGAUGGCAGAAAUAAUAAAUUCGGUAACAACAAAGGUAAGAAUACCAGACAGGAGAAAACUAAUGCGUCGAAUCGCGAUUUCCGGCCCAUAGGUGUCAAAACAGGGAAAAACGUUCGGAAAUUUUCCGGAAAGAAACGCUGAUUAUGUUAAUAUUAAUUAAUAUUCCUCUCCUACAGUUUUGUUGAAUAAUUUGAUGUAAACAAAUGUUUAUUGAUGCAUUGUGAGUAAUUUACUCUCAUGUUUAACCAAGAACUGUAAUUAUUUUUUAAUAAACUACUGUUACGAGGUA